AUGGUGCCCAACUCUGCCUACGCGCUCUUCCUUCUUCUGCUGCUCCUCGCCUGCCCGGAGUCGCGGGCUUCCCAGGACUGCCUCAACAAGCAGCAGCUUCUCUCAGCCAUCCGCCAGUUGCAGCAGCUGCUGAAGGGCCAGGAGACCCGCUUCGCUGAGGGCAUCCGCAACAUGAAGAGCCGGCUGGCCGCACUGCAGAACUCUGUGAGCAGAGCGACCCCAGACACCCCUCCAGUUUCCUGCCCGGCUCUCAAUGCCCCUCUGGAUGGCAGAAAGUUUGGAAGCAAGUACUUAGUGAAUCACGAAAUCCAUUUUACCUGCAACCCUGGAUUCCAACUGGUCGGGCCCAGCAGUGUCGUGUGCCUGCCCAAUGGCACCUGGACUGGGGAGCAGCCCUGCUGCAGAGAUAUCAGUGAAUGCUCCAGCCAGCCUUGUCAAAAUGGUGGGACGUGUGUAGAAGGAGUCGACCAAUACAGAUGCAUUUGUCCACCAGGAAGGACUGGAAGCCGCUGUCAGCAUCAGGCCCGGACUGCCACCCCCGAGGGCCGCGUGGCCGGCGACCCCGCCUUCAGCCGCGCGCCGCGCUGCGCGCAGGUGGAGCGGGCGCAGCAUUGCAGCUGCGAAGCAGGAUUCCACCUGAGUGGCGCCGCCACCGAGGACAGCAUCUGCCAGGAUGUGAAUGAGUGUGAGCUCUACAGGCAGGAGGGGCGCCCCCGGCUCUGCAUGCACGCCUGUGUGAACACCCCCGGCUCCUACCGCUGUGCCUGCCCCAGCGGAUACCGCAGCCUGGCAGACGGGAAGAGUUGUGAGGAUGUUGAUGAGUGUGUGACUUCACAACACAUGUGCCCCCGGGAGACUAUGUGCAUCAACACCGGUGGAGGCUUCCAGUGUGUCAGCCCAGAAUGUCCCGAGGGCAGCGGCAAUGUGAGCUACGUAAAGACAUCCCCAUUCCAGUGUGAGCGAAACCCCUGCCCAAUGGACAGCAGACCCUGCCGCCAUAUGCCCAAGACCAUCUCCUUCCAUUACCUCUCUCUGCCCUCCAACCUGAAGACACCCAUCACGCUCUUCCGCAUGGCCACAGCCUCAGCGCCUGGCCGGCCUGGGCCCAAUAGCCUGCGGUUUGGGAUCGUGGGUGGAAACAGCCAUGGCCACUUUGUGAUGCAGCGUUCAGACCGGCAGACGGGGGAGCUGAUCCUCGUCCAGACCCUGGAGGGGCCUCAGACACUGGAGGUGGACGUUGACAUGUCUGAAUACCUGGACCGCACCUUCCAGGCAAACCAUGUGUCCAAGGUCACCAUCUUUGUGUCCCCCUAUGACUUCUAA